UGUACUAGUUAUUACUUAGAUUUGGAUCAUUAUCACAAUCACACUUACAUACAUAUUUGCUAUUUAUACUGUUAGAUUCUUCAAAUAAGAAAAAUUAGAAUCCUUUCAGGAGAUUGUCUGACUGUAUAUAUCGAUCAAUGUCUCAAACUGAUAGAAUUCCUACAAUUGAUCUCCUUCCAUUCAUCAGCAUCAAUGAAGUAGAUCAAGAUCAAAAUGAUGACCAGUUAGAUGCUAAGAAGAAGAAAAUCAAAGAGGUCAUAAAUCAAGCUUGUUCCGAGUAUGGAUUCUUCCAAAUUAUCAACCAUGGUGUUCCGGUUGGUCUGAUGAGCCGAGCACUUGAUCUCUCCAAAAAGUUUUUCGAUUGCCCUGAUGAUGAGAAGCUCAAGUUUAGUCCUGAACCCAGUGCACCUCUUCCAGCUGGUUACAGCCGUGCUAAUCCCCUUGUUGGUCAGUACGAGCGCUUGUUGAUGUUCACCCCGAAUUCCAGUUUUAAGAAUAUAUACCCUGACAAUCCGCCAGAAUUCAGGGAAGUAUUGCAGGAAAUUUUCUCCCACCUGACGAAAACAGGCUCAGUUAUAGAGGCAGUUUUGAACGACUGCUUAAACCUCCCUCAAAAUUUCCUGCAUGAAUAUAACCUCGACCGAAACUGGGAUUUCAUGGUGAAUUUAGCCUACCAACCUGCAACAGAAACUGAAAGCAGUGGUUUAAGCGAGCACCAAGAUUCAAAUUGUAUCACUUUUGUUUUACAAGAUGAUGUUGGAGGUCUUGAAGUUCUCAAGGAAGGAAAAUGGAUUCCAGUUAUUCCAGAUAAAAGCAGUAUCAUUGUUAAUAUAGGCGAUGUGAUUCAGGUACUGACCAACAACAAGUACAAGAGUGCAACACACAGGGUGGUGAGCCAGAUGGGAUCAAGGCGUCGACACUCUUUUGCAUUCUUUUAUAACUUACAAGGAGAUAAAUGGGUUGAACCAUUGCCUCAAUUUACAAUAGAUAUCGGAGAGGAGCCGAAGUAUAGAGGAUUCUGUUACAAAGAUUAUCAAGCACUCAGGUUGAGAAAUAAAACACAUCCACCUUCCAGACCUGAAGAUUUUAUUGAUAUUACUCACUAUGACAUACCCAAUUAGCGCAAUCAAAGAUAUUUUCAUGAUGGGCAGACAAAGUUUGUGUGUAAGUGGUUCUGGCGACAUUUGUGAUCCAAUUUAUUGCCUAUCAAAAAAAGGUCAUGGAAUAUUUUAAUCGUUGGUUUGAAUUCAGUUAAAGCCUAUUAGAUUUUGCAUGCUACCCUCCUCCGAUAUCAGCUCAGGACCACAUGCUUGCAUUUCAUGGAGUUUGUACCUGUGUUUGUUUUGCUUAAUUCAUAGAGAAGUGGCAUGCUGGUAACCAUAGAAACCAAGGCCUUGUGAACCUUCUUGUAGCCUAUCUCUCUAGCAAGAAUGAACCCAUCUCCACACCUUUGUACCCUUGCCGUCUUAAAUAAUGGCUCCAUUGAGCCUCCAUCAUUUUCCUUUAA